AUGAUUAUAAAGACAGUGUUGAUUGGAUCGUCUUGUGUCGGCAAGACAACACUCGAGAGAAAAUUGUCUGGCAAACCACUAAGUGAUUUGGUAGUUACAAUCGGAUCAGAAUUUAGUCACUUUCCAAUUCAAAUCGAUCGUCAACCAAUUAUGAUUGAACUUUGGGAUACUUUUGGACAAGAAAGGUUUCGGAGACUACCAUUUAGUUAUUAUAGAUCAGCAGACUUUAUAUUUUUAGUAUUUGAUAUAUCGAACCGUCAAUCUUUUAUAGAUUUGCCAGAGUGGUUGGAUCAUACCGAUCAUUUUGAAUUGGGUAAAGAACCAUACACAAUUCUCAUUGGCAAUAAAUUGGAUUUACAAAAUCAACAACAGAGAUUGGUUAGUUUUGACGAAGCUCAAACAUUUGCACUCCAAAAAGGAUUACAAUAUAUUGAAAUUAGUGCAUUGCACGAUGAUAGUUGUGAUGUCAUCAAGGAUUUGGUCUGUCUACAUAUCAAACAAAAGAUUAAAAAUGAACAACUAGAACAAGAAACGAGGGAUAAAUCAUUUGUUAAUGAAUAA